AAAAUCUGUUGAAGGAACCCCACACUAAAAUUCUUGAAGAGAUCCCUUCAGUUCCCUGAUUGAAGAAGUCUCUGCAGAUAUUUUUGAAAGAAUCUUUGACGGAAUAUCAGAAAAAAAUCUGAACGGGAACUUCUGAAAGAAUCUCUGAAGGUUUUUUUUACGAAAUCUCCAGUAAAAUUUCUGUAAACAUGUAGACAGGAAGUACUUUCGAAUGAAACUCUGGAGGAAUAUCUAAAAAAAACUCUAGGAAAUUUCUAGAUGAAUCCCAGCAGGAAGUUUUGAAAAACUUAAAAGAGAAAUACUUAGAGAAAAUCUUUGGAACAGCCUUGGGCAGAAUUCCUGGAAAAAAAAUCCUAGCAAUCUUGACCUUCCGUAACUCGCGCCGUUGGUUCAACCACCAAAACCACGCUAAUUCUGAAAACAAAUAGCAAGAUUUUUCAACGUGUUGUAUAAAGAACACUCGAGAGUUAAAGAAAAUACCUGAAGAAAUGCUUUAAUAAAAUCCCUAAAAUAUUAUGUGGGAGGUUUUCUAAAGAUAUCCGGGAAGACAUUUCUGAAGAAAUUCUGAUCGUUUGGUUUUCUGAAGGAUUCGCUGAUAGUAUUUCUGAAAAUACUGUUAAGAUCCCUUUAUACGAAAAAAACUUUUGAAUUUCUGUAAAAAUUCUUAGGCAACAUCUGAAUGAAUCCGCAGGGAAAUUCUUAGAGUUAUCCUUAAAAGAAAUGCUGGAGAAACUUCUGGGGAAAGACAUGGAGAAAUAUCUUAAGCAAAUCCUUAAGGAAUCUCUGCUGGGAAUUUUCAAUGAAAUUCCUGAACACAUUUCUGCUGGACUGCUGAAGAAGAAAUAUGUGUAUGAAUUUCUAAACAAACCACUGGAAGAUUUUUUGAAGAAACCACUAGAUGAGUUUUUACCAGCAAAGAAAAAAAACUACUAGAUGAGUUUAUGAAAGAAUCUUUAGAAUAAUUUUUGACUUCCUGUAGCAAUUUGUGAAGCAAUCCGAGGUGAAAUAUUUUUUUCUCAAACGAAUCCCUAAGAGAAUUUCUGAAGUAAUCCCUGGCGGAACUUCAGGAGAAGAUAUCCCAGGCGGAGUUUCCUUUAAAAACUCCUGAAAAGUCUGCGGAAGAUUUUCUAAAGAAAUCCAUGGACCAAUUGCGAAAGGAAUCCAUGGAAGGUUUAUAAAGUAUUUUUAAAAUUAAUUUAUGGUGUAGUAUCUAAAAACUUUGGAGUAAAUUCUAAAGUAAGAAGUAUCUGAAGAUAUCCAUUAUCCAUUGUUUUUCAAAUGCAAGUCUUGAUAAAUGUAUUCUCAAAGAUUUUUUGAAGGAAACACUAAAAUUUUUCUGAAGGAAAUCAUUGAACAAUUUCUGAAACAAUCCCUGUAAGACUUAUAUAACCUUUAGUGAAACUUUGGAGAAAUCCCUGUAAUAAUUUCUGAAAAUUUUCAAAGAAAAUUUUCGUUUGAAGUUUUUAUAGGUCUUUUAAAGAUCCGGUGGAGUUAUUUCCAGGAAUUUUUUGGGUAUUUUUUUAUUUCAAGAGCUGGUUACUCAUCGAGUAACUUGGAGUAACCUCGAUGACACCACUGAAGUACACCUGCCCAAACAGAAAAAGACCUUAUUACAAUAUUCUAUAAAAUCGCAGAAAGUUCCAGCACAAGUAUGAAUUAAAAUAUUCCUUUGCCAUAUGCAAACAAAAUCAAAAUCGUGAGAACUUGCAGGAGCGAUUGACAACUACUAAUUUGCCCUAACUAGUAAUUAAUUCCCUUUGGCUCAUCAAAGGAUUCCUUUGGCAAUCAUUCAGAAGAAAAAUCGAAUUUCAUCAGUCCACGUUCGACGUUGGAAUUCUCAAGACUUUCCUCGAACACCAUGGAGAGAAUUCGUUUGCUGGUGAACCGAUUUCAGACCUCGGUAGAGGACGAUGAAAGUGACUAUUUUCGCCCGAUGGACUAUUUUUUAAUCCUGGGAGGCAUCCGGCUGUUGUCGAAAAAUCCCAUCCACCGGGUGCUGUUUCUCUGCUAUCGAACGCUGAUGGCAGCCCAGUUCUCCGUCUGGUUCGACCGCGUCUAUGUGGCUUACUCCGAGUGGAAUUCCACGAGUGAGCUGAUCGGUGUAAUCAGCUUCUUGAUGGGAUUGAUAAUGAUCGUGCUAAGAGCGAUUAUAAUUUGGGCAUACCUGGAGGACAUUCAAACAGCGAGAAAAUACCUGGGUGCUCAACUGAAUAAAUUGAAGCAGUCCGAAAGCCGAGUUCGAUCGUAUCGUUUGUUGAGACGCAUCGGUCUGGUACUGGAGUACACUUUCUUCGCCGAUCAGAUCUUGUUCUACGCUUUCGGGAUCUAUCAGGACAAGCAGUACACCGUCCCGGAUAACCUAAUUCGAAUUGGUUGGCAAAUGAAAAUGCUUUUCAACGUGAUCAUUUCCACAAACCACUUUGUGUUUUCGUCGGUUUAUGCGACUAUUUUGACGGUUCAGAACACAUUGCUGAUGGGCAUUGGGUCCGAACUGGAGGGCAUUCUGGCACAGUGUGAUGGAAUCAUGGAACGGGUGAACGUCCAGGUAAAGGAUGCCAUAGAUCGUGGUGAAGGUGAAAAACUGAUGAUUAAUUUGCAAGGAAGUGGCGCGGAGUAUUUGUUCUGGAAAAUUCUGAAGAAGGAGCUGAACACAACAGUUGCUCGUCAUGCAAGGUUGCUGGAACAAAUUGACAUCCUGGGUGGCUUCUUCAAGAUGACUUUCCUGGUGAUGUUCUAUAUGGCGAUCUUGAUCGUCGGCUGUGCCUCAUUCUACGUUAAUCUUUUGGGUUUGACAGUGAAUACUGUGAUCAUCCUCAGUUACGUAGGAGCGAUCCUACUGGAGUGCUAUUGGUUUUGCAAAAUUGCUGACAAUCUGAACGAUAUGAAUAACCAGAUCGGAGCAUCCUUGUACAAUUUAGGUUGGUUCGAGCGGCUGCCGGAUGUGCCUGAAGCGCGAAAAGACUACCAUGAAGUCCGGGAGACGCUGUUGAUUGUAAUGACCAAAGUGCAGCAAGAGCUGGGAAUAAACUGCGGAGGAAUGUUCGGUCUGUCCAUGCAGGCAUUCCACGAACUGCUCAAGAUGAUUUAUUCGUUUUUAACGUUUCUACUGAACACAACAACAUAAACAUAUGUGACUUAUGAAACAAGAUCAUUUUAAAAAUUCUGCAGAAACCUUGAGGUGAAGGUACUUAUAUAUCUAUAAAAAUAUAUUGUCAUUAUCAAACAUUUAUAACUGUCAACAGUUGAGAUAUAUCAAACAUAUGUAGCACUAAUUGAAUUGAAAUGCUUAUAAAAAUUAUGGAUUUUAUGUUAAACUGUUUAAGUCAUCCAAUAUAUUCUAGCCGGUGGCGAUGAAGGCGUUCUUGAUGGGGCUCCAUUGAUCUUCUACGCUUCCACCUUCUGAAAUAUUCGCAGCACGGUUCUCCAGAUCCCCGACGAAGAACCUGUUCACCGCAGUGUCUUCUAGUCAGCGUGUGUUGAACCGGCGCCCGUUUUUCUCCUCCUGUCGAUGGAUCCCAGCAAUGCGCAGCCAGAUCUCACCGAAUAGGUGAUAAUGAUCAGACCCAAUUGCGGCGCAACGUUUGUUCCACACAUUAAGAAGGCUCCGUCUCCAUUUUCGGCUGAUGCAGACGUGGUCGAUUUGAUAUUCCGUGAUGCCAUCACGAGAAACCCAUGUAACUUUGUGCACUGGUCGAUGAGGAAAUAGCGAUCCCCCAAUCGCCGUGUCAUUGUUACCACAAAACUCUGCAAACAGCUCUCCGUUUUCGCUCAUUUCUCCGAGGCCAUGGCGU